AACCCGGGCUUCUUCCCCGCUAGCAGCGCACCUCUGGUCUUGAAGGUCUUAGCUCACGUACACUGGCACGCACGCGCUCCCGCCGACUUCCAUACAGCAUGCCCGAACUCUGUCCUCGCUUCAGGCCACUCCUAUUCUUCUGCUGACCCCUGGUGGUCACGUGGAACUGCUCGCCACGCAAGUCUGGGUCCUUCGGCUAUCGAGCGGGGUCCUAGCUGCCUCGGAGCCGCUCCUAAGCUGCCUGUUCGCGCGAGAGGUUGCAGCGGAGGGUUUGGGGUCUGUCUCUGGUUGGGGCUCUCAGGGUAGCAUACCUGAGCCCCGCUUAGGUGUCAGUUAGGGUCCGGCGAGCUGGGUUAGGUGGUCGUCGGGGCAGCCUGUGUCUGGAAAGCGCCGAAGCGCUCUGGAGAAGCCCGGACAGCCCCGCUCCCCCGCAGCUAGGUACUAGGGUCGGGAGGCACCGAGGCCAAAGUGAGAGUCCGACCGUCUUCCAUCGCCUGGGCCACGGCGGCGGCCCUGGGAGCAGAGGUGGAGCGACCCCAUUACCCUAAAGAUGAAAGGCUGGGGUUGGCUGGCCCUGCUUCUGGGGGCCCUGCUGGGAACUGCCUGGGCUCGGAAGAGCCAGGAUCUACACUGUGGAGCUUGCAGGGCUCUGGUGGAUGAACUAGAGUGGGAAAUUGCCCAGGUGGAUCCCAAGAAGACCAUUCAGAUGGGAUCUUUCCGAAUCAAUCCAGAUGGCAGCCAGUCAGUGGUGGAGGUGCCUUAUGCUCGCUCAGAGGCCCACCUCACAGAGCUGCUAGAGGAGGUUUGUGACCGGAUGAAGGAAUAUGGGGAACAGAUUGACCCUUCCACCCACCGCAAGAACUACGUACGUGUAGUGGGCCGGAAUGGAGAAUCCAGUGAACUGGACCUACAGGGCAUCCGAAUUGACUCAGAUAUCAGCGGCACCCUCAAGUUUGCGUGUGAGAGCAUUGUGGAGGAAUACGAGGAUGAACUCAUUGAAUUCUUUUCCCGAGAGGCCAAUAAUGUUAAAGACAAACUUUGUAGUAAACGAACAGAUCUAUGUGACCAUGCCCUGCACAUAUCUCAUGAUGAACUAUGAACUACUGGAGCAGCCCAGACCGGCUUGAUGGAUCACCCCCGGAGGGGAAGAUGGUGGCAAUGCCUUUUAUAUUAUGUUUUUACUGAAAUGAACUGAAAAAAUAUGAAACCAAAAGUA